UAUUAAAAUCCCGAAGUUAUAACACAUAGACUUAUCUCUGAGUAUCUUGAGAACUACUACGCUAGUUUCGCAACAGUAAAGCACGGCAAUGAACCCCCCUCCCUGGUCUCUCCUCCGUCUUCAGGUAUCGGAGGAGGAGAGGCAAGAUAUCAUACUUGUUUACCAUGGUAACGCCGAGGAGGACGUACGCUUCACACCAUCCGCACAACCACUCUGUUUGCACUUGGGACGUGGAACCCGGUCGUGGCGAGGCGAUACCGGAUUCGAUUUAGGACAGCUGAGUACCGCUGUCGAAGCAGUCCAGGCUCGUCAAGGCGUCGACCAUCCGGAGCUCUUACGGGCCCCAUCCGUCAGAGAUGGAAUUGACCCGUUAUCCCUGGUCGGGCGAGUCAGGAGGGGCGUGUCACAAGUUCCAUCUAAUUGGCGCCCCCGUCUCAUCGCCGUACUUCAACCUUUAACCAUAAUUGCCGGUAUUUUCACUGUGGUUAUGUGGGCUACUAUAGCUUUUAGUCCAGAUCUAUUUAGAGGCCACUCAAUCCCCCACUCAAAACUACACCUACCAAGUAUAGAGUCGGCCGCAGGGUCAUCUUUUUCUCGGCCGCAUACUCUCAUCAAAACUAUCCCGAUGACGAGAAACUUAAGGGGCUUACUUCUUAAGCACCACAAGCCUUUGCAUGAUAGCUGGGCUGCCCUCGAUGAGAAAUUUGAUCCAGAGGUGGAGACGGCGAUUAAUAAACUGAACAUGCUCCUUACUCCAUCGUCAGCAUUAAACCCACCAAGCAAUAUCUACUCUACCGGCGACUACGAAGCGAGUUCGGCAGAAAUUCUCAACAUGCUAAACGCUUUGCACGCUAACCUUCGGGCACACGGGCAGCAUCGGAAGUCUUGGGACAACGAGGCGUUAGCUAAAUGGAUAAACAUGGCAGCGUGGUGGAGCUGGGGGGAGCCCGACUUUGACCCCUGGAAUUACCUACCGGAAUCAAUCUCAGGAAAUAAUACCGCCACCAUCCUCAAUACGUUUACAUCAGUCAUCGAGCCGCAAAAUUUUCGCAUUUAUCACUUAGCCGACGAGAUUCUCUGUUCCGGUUACGACAGCUUACUUCCCUGGCAAGGCAUGCGCGCUCACUACGCGCAAGCUCAUGAUAGCCUGGCCUUGCUUCUCCAAGAUAUCGGCGGUAUUCUAUCUCCGUUGGUUCGUAGGGAGGAACAACGGUUUAGCAAGAAGGGAGAGAUAGACAACCUCGUCGAAGAAUUUUUAUCCACUGCUCAAUGGGCUUAUAAGACAGUCCAGGUCGGGUUGGGCGCCGCGCGGACUCUCGAUGUAGAGAUAGGAUCGAUUUGCGCAACAAUUACGCAAGCCGCCCAGCUCCAAUGGCGCGUUCUAGCUCAGGAUAACAGCUUGCUAUUUCACCAAUUCGUGCCGGACGGCGAUACAGAUGACGUGAUAGAAGUAUGGCUCUCGUGGCCACCUACUACUGAGGCCAUUUCUGAUCUGACAGAUGCAACAAGUAUUGUUUGGGGCAGUCGUUUCCGAAAUCGCUGAUGACGUUUAGGCGGUUCUCGUUAUUCAGGAGGCGAUAGUCAUUAAUUACACACUAAAGGCUUAUGGAUUGUAAAAUAACUCCUAAGAUACGUGUGUUCGGUCAUACGUCAACGAAAUGAAUGAGCUCUAGCGCCAGGGUGAUUGGCAUCUUCUGGUUCCUUUUUAAAAUUGCAAUCUAUGUACGGUGCACCAUUAGUUUAAAUCCGAC